AUGUUUUCAAUAAAUUAACUAUUUCCUAUAUUGCGGAUCUUAUAUUACCAGUAUCUGCUGUGGAGAAAAAAUCUUUUAAGAAGUUGAUUGCGUGUGCGAAUCCAAAAUUAAAAUUAAUGAGUAGACCAACAGCAACAUCAUUAGUAAAUACCACAUACACAUCCAUGAUUGACAAGUUAAAAAUGGAAUUGAGUGAUUGUGAAUUUGUUUGCACUACAGCAGAUGUUUUUUUGGCUAUACAUGUCAUUGGCUAGAUGACUCUCUCCAAAUAAAAUCUAUUGCUUUGGCAUGUAAGAGAUUUUUCGGAUCACACACAUUCGACCGUAUACAUGAUGCAAUAAUUGAAAUUCAUACUACUUACGGUCUCACACUAAAUAAAAUUGUUGCAACCGUUACUGAUAAUGGGUCAAAUUUCGUCAAAGCAUUUAAGGAAUUUGGUGUUAAUACACCUUUAAUGUUCCUCGACGCUAAUGGCAAUAACGACGUUGAAGAUUUAGAAGAGAUGCAAUUGGAAGACUUGUCCACCAAUUUUGGCGGAAAUACAUUGCCGCGACAUAUAAGAUGUGCCACUCACACCCUAAAUUUACUGGCUACUACUGAUGUGUUGAGAAUUUUGAAGACUGAUACCUCAUAUGAUAAACAUAACAAUGUAAUGAAAAAAUGCUCUGAUAUUUGGAACAAAAUAAACUGGCCGAAGACUUCUGAGAUCAUUGUUUCGGUGCUAGGCUCCAAUUGCAAUAUCCCGUCANAAGCUCAGACUCAAUUUUUGCACUGA